UCCUUAAUGGCAAAGUUUUGUGGUAGUAUGUAUAUAAAUAGGGGUUCUCUGCAAUCUUCUCUCUCACAGUAUCUUACAGAAGCAAAGUUCAAUUCAUCAUUGCCUCUGUUGUGUUUUCCCAACUCUUAAUAUGGCUCUUGCAUUGGAAAUUGAGAAACAAUUCACCCAACUAUCAGAGAGAGUAAAAUCUGUUGAUCUACAUCCUACUGAACCAUGGAUUCUUGCAAGUUUGUAUUCAGGAACCGUGUGUAUCUGGAACUACCAGUCACAGACCAUGGAGAAGUCUUUCAAGGUCACUGAAUCACCAGUAAGAUCAGCAAAAUUCAUUGCAAGAAAGCACUGGAUUGUCACUGCAUCAGACGACAAAUUUGUUCGCGCAUACGAUUGGGGUGCCAUGGAAUUGAUCAAAGAAUUUGAGGCGCAUAAAGAUUUCAUUAGGUGUGUAACUGUUCAUCCUUCCCUUCCCUAUGUACUGUCAUCUUCAGACGACACGCUUAUAAAGAAGUGGGACUGGGAGAAGGAUUGGGAGUGCACUCAGAUUUUUGAGGGACAUUCACAUUAUGUGAUGCAAUCCAUCUUUAAUCCAAGAGAUUCAUAUACAUUUGCAAGUGCAUCUCUUGAUGGCACCAUUAAGAUAUGGAAUCUUGGCUCCCCUGCUCCGAUUGCUACAUUGGAAUGUCACUCAAAAGGGAUAAAUUGCAUCGAUUACUUAUUCAAUGAUGACAAACUGCAUCUGCUAAGUGGUUCUGAUGAUUAUACUGUCAAGGUAUGGGACUGUGAAACAAAAAGUUGUAUCCAGACAUUAGAAAGCCAUACAAAUAAUGUGUGUGCAAUAUCCGCCCAUCCGGAGUUUCCAAUCAUAAUCUCGGGUUCUGAGGAUGCGACUAUCUGUAUAUGGAAUGCAAAAACUUUCCGUCUAGAAAAUACAUUGAAUUAUGGUCUUGAAAGAGUCUGGGCUGUUGGAUGCAAGAAAGAUUCACAGCAGGUUGCAUUUGGUUGUGAUAAAGGAAGCAUUAUGGUCAAAGUUAAUGGCUCAAAUUGAGGAAGGAGAAGUUCAGGAAAUAAUGUUCUUUACUGCUGCUGCUGCUGCUAUAGUGUGCUUUUUAAGGAAUAAAUUUGCCUAUUAUACAUAUAUAAUACACAAAAGACUAGAGGAAAUAAAAUUAAGACCAGCCAUGCUGUUACUUCUGCUUGUAAAAUUUAUGAUAAUGGCUUGUAUCUGAUGUUUUCUGUGCUCUUAAUAUAAUGUAUAUAGUUUAUAUCUUUGUAAUUUGAGUGGCCUGUAGUAUUGUCUGCUCUGUAGUGGAUGUGUUGAAUAAAACAGUCACAGUAUAUUUAUUUCA